CGGCUCUGUCUACGCCUACCUCCCCGAGCCGCCCGGCUGGCGCGCCCACCCGCCCGGGCGGCUCCCACCGGACGCGACCGACCCCUGCUGGUCCCUCGACCCCGCCCCGCCGGCGGAGGGCUCGCGCCCCCUCGCCAUCGUCGAGGUCGUCGACUACGAGCUCUUUGUGCUGGGCACCUCCCGCGUGAUCGAACUCGACCCGGUUGGCGUGCUCGCCGAGCGGCUGGGCGAUGAGGCGGUGCAGCGGGUGCGGCGCGCGCUGCGGGAGUCGCGCACGUACCCCUCCUUGUCCGAUCUGAGCGACGCGCUCCUCUUGGCCAUCUUUGGCGAGCGCGGCCCGAGCGGCUGGCUGUUUGAGGCGAUUGUGUCGCCGCACGUGUACGCGACGCGCACGCUGUGGGACACGCGGCUGCUCGGCAAGAGGAAGCUGGUCGGGACGUACCGAGAUCGCGGCUUCGAGCUCGACACCUCGCCCGACCUCGCCUGCUGCAACAUGGACGUGCUGCACCCCGUCUCGCGCCCCUCGCCCGACGCCCGCAGGCACUGGACGGUGCGGAUCUGCCAGAUCACGCCCCUCGUCCGGAAGGAGCUGACCGACGGCGAGGCCUCGUCCAUGCUGCAGCAGCUCCUCGACAAGGCUCGCUGUCGGCCGCAUACGGCGCCACGGCGACAAGGCGGCCUCGAAGCCAGCUCGUCUCGGCGGCGACGCACAGCCCGAGCGCGAUCGCGGCUGCGGUGCUCCCCCCUCCCGCGACGGCGCGAGUGGGAGCGGCCCGGGCGGGCGCGUGGAGGCGGGCAGCGGCGGGUGCGAGGGAGCGGGCAGCGGCGGAGGCGGUGGCGGGGAGGCACUGGGAGACGACCCAAACCUGCUGCGG